AUUGAAGUGAUAUUAAGCCUAAUAUUUGAAAUCUAGUUAUCAAUUGUCUGUCAAUCUAUUGAUGUCUUUAUUAUUAUUAUUAUUACACGAAAAAAAUGUCAAUCAAUUUGCUGACCGAAAGGCUUGUCCGCGAAUCGCUGGUCUCCGUCCAGUGCACACAAGUGACCGCCGAUCAUCAUUCGGUUGCCAAUCUGUACUCCGAUGACCAACGGCUGAGACAACAGGGUUUUAGGACUGAGAAUUUUGUUCGGCCACCGGUUGACAUUAUUAUCAAUUGCCGCGGGUUUGCCGUUAAUCUGCGCGAAUUGGAGAUCGGUCUCAGAGUUGGCCAAAAUAAAUGCCAUUCACUAGAAGUUUGGUCAUUGUAUGGGUCUUCUGCAGCAACCACUGCCGUCGCCAGCGGACAUAAAUCACAAGAUUUUCAACUGAUUGGCCGACAGUUUAAUUGCAAUGAUUUCGAUGUUUUGUGUCUACGAAAUGUCAGUUUUCGGCCAAACAAUGUACUGAAUGGUCGUCUGCCCGAUAAGUGUUCACCGGAUAACUGUCCAAAUAGGUUGUCGUCUGUGAAAUCCGAGACAUUAAAGUGUUUCAAAAAUUGUUUUAAUAUUCAGUCGUUGAAGAUUAGGAUUCUCAGGACAUUCAACUCAACUGUUCCCUGUUUGAGUUUUGUGAAUAUUAUGUGUCAACCCGUCCGUCAAACUGAUCCCGAAAUUCUUAGCAAACUUCGCACUAUAUUUACCACUCAAAAUAGCGGCCAAAAUGUGCCAAAAACUGUCAGCUUUUAUAAUUCUGGUGAAGAUCAGACAUCUUCAUCUGAAACUAAGAGUAGUUCCACAAGUGUUUCCAAUAAUAAUAAUAAUAAUAAUUGUGAUCCAAUUUCACGGAAACGCCGUUUAGAUUGGUUAGCCUCACAGCGAUUGGAUAGUCAAUCGACGGCUUCCAUUCCCGAAGAGUUUAUCGACUGUAUAACCAAUGAAAUAAUGAUUGAUCCUGUUUUGCUACCGUCGGGUCAUUCAAUAGACAAGACAACUUUGGAACGAUAUCUCGCCGAAGAGGCCAAAUGGUGUCGACGACCAUCUGAUCCAUUUACACAACUUGUCUUUACUGGAGACAGACAUCCCAAACCUAAUUAUAUACUUAAGCAACGAAUCGACGAGUUUUUAAGCCAAUUGAGCGAACAGUCUGUUAUAAGUGACGACCGUUUGGAGCCAUCAACUAAACGAAGAAUUGUUGGCUAUAAUUGUGUUAAUAAUAGAAAUAAAUUGAUUUCAAGUAAACUCGUCGCUACUGAUGUCGGCAUCAGUAAUACUACUAAUAUUAGUGAUAAACUGGAAAGUAAUAGUAGUAUUGUUAGCAAUGUUUUACAACAAAUCAGUUGUCAUCAAAAGUGUAUUGUCUGUAAUGUUGAUCACUGGUCGGCCGAUAAAUCAAUAGAUAUAUACAAAUUGUUGUGCUGUCACCUAAUCUGUGGACCAGAGCUGAGAAGUAAAGUUGCGGAAAGUACUGAUAAAAUGAUUGAAUGCAAUGAUUGUAAAUGUUUGAUGAAAACUAAUGAAAUUUUAAAAGUUAAUCGUUUUUCAUGACAAUUAUA